UGAUUGCACCAAUACACUGUAGCCUGGGUGUCAGAGUGAGACUGUCUCAAAAUAAUAAUAAUAAUAAUAAUAAUAAUAAUAAUACAAUCACUAUAAUGAAAGAUUCACUGGAAAGGUUCAAUAUCAGAUUUGAACAGGCUGAAAAAUCAAUUAACUUGUUAGGUCAAUUGAGAUUAUCUAGUCUGGAGAGUAUUAAAAAAAGGGUGAAGAAAGAAAAAACCUGUAAUCCUAGCUACUUGGGAGGCUGAGACAUGAGAAUUGUUUGAUCCUCGCAGGUGGAGGUUGCAGUGAGCUGAGAUUGUGCCACUGCACUUUGGUCUAGGCCACAGAGUGAGACCCUGUCUCAAGAAAAAAAAAGAAGAAGAAAGAAAAAAUGACUUCCAGUUUCCAGUCCAGUCUGUAAAGAGCUUAGGGACAUGUCAGAUACCAUUAACCGUACUAAUCUAUAUACCCCAAGAAGAGAGUCCCAGGAAGAGAAGAGAGCAAGAAAGGGGUAGAAAAAAUAUCUGAAGAAAUAAUGACCAUGAACUUCCCAAAUUUGAGGAAAGACAUGAGUCUACACAUCCAAGAACCUCAAGAAGUCCAAGAAGGAUAAACUCAAAAAAAUCCACACAGACACACAUUGUAAUAAAAUUGUCAAAAGCCAAAGGCCAAGAGGGAAUCUUGAAAACUCACAAACAAAACAAAGUGAGUCAACACAUAAAAGGGAUUUUCCAUAAGCCAGUUUUUCGUCAGAGAUCACAGAGGCCAGAAGGCAAUUACAUAACAUAUUUAAAGUGAUGAGAGGCCCGCCCAGCCGGCGGGAGCGCAGCGGCCCAGCUCCGGCAAGGCCGCGCCAAGCCAGGCGAGCCCAUUUUUAUUCAGGCGACGCUUAAGGGAGCCCGGCUGCGCCCGGUGCAUUGUGGGAGCGGCCUGCGGCCCGUUUUCGGAAGGAGGCGGAGGGCGCAAAGCGAGUCGGUGGAUCCGUAAAAAACCCAGCCAACCCGCAGAGGGAGGACAGGGGCUGAGCUGUGAGGAGAGCGGGCCCCAGAACCAUGUCUACGCGGGAGUCCUUUAACCCGGAAAGUUACGAAUUGGACAAAAGCUUCCGGCUAACCAGAUUCACUGAACUGAAAGGCAUAGGCUGCAAAGUGCCCCAAGAUGUCCUACAGAAAUUGCUGGAAUCUUUACAGGAGAACCACUUCCAAGAAGAUGAGCAGUUUCUGGGAGCUGUUAUGCCAAGGCUUGGCAUUGGAAUGGAUACUUGUGUCAUUCCUUUGAGGCAUGGUGGGCUUUCCUUGGUUCAAACCACAGAUUACAUUUACCCGAUCGUAGACGACCCUUACAUGAUGGGCAGGAUAGCAUGUGCCAAUGUCCUCAGUGACCUCUAUGCAAUGGGGGUCACGGAAUGUGACAAUAUGCUGAUGCUCCUUGGAGUCAGUAAUAAAAUGACCGACAGGGAAAGGGAUAAAGUGAUGCCUCUGAUUAUCCAAGGUUUUAAAGACGCAGCUGAGGAAGCAGGAACAUCUGUAACGAGCGGCCAAACAGUACUAAACCCCUGGAUUGUCCUGGGAGGAGUUGCUACCACUGUCUGCCAGCCCAAUGAAUUUAUCAUGCCAGACAAUGCAGUGCCAGGGGAUGUGCUAGUGUUGACGAAACCCUUGGGGACACAGGUGGCAGUGGCUGUGCACCAGUGGCUGGAUAUUCCUGAGAAAUGGAAUAAGAUUAAGCUAGUUGUCACCCAAGAAGAUGUAGAGCUGGCCUACCAGGAGGCGAUGAUGAACAUGGCGAGGCUCAACAGGACAGCUGCAGGACUCAUGCACACAUUCAACGCCCAUGCGGCCACUGACAUCACAGGCUUCGGGAUUUUGGGCCACGCACAGAACCUGGCCAAGCAGCAGAGAAACGAGGUGUCGUUCGUCAUUCACAACCUCCCGGUGCUGGCCAAGAUGGCUGCGGUGAGCAAGGCCUGCGGAAACAUGUUCGGCCUCAUGCACGGGACCUGCCCGGAGACCUCAGGUGGCCUUCUGAUCUGUUUACCAUGUGAGCAAGCAGCUCGGUUCUGUGCAGAGAUCAAGUCCCCCAAACAUGGUGAAGGCCACCAAGCAUGGAUUAUUGGGAUUGUAGAGAAGGGCAACCGCACAGCCAGAAUCAUAGACAAAUCCCGGAUCAUCGAGGUCGCACCGCAAGUGGCCACUCAAAAUGUGAAUCCCACACCGGGGGCCACUUCUUAAUCUAGACAGAAAUAGCUGUUUGGUUUUGUUUUUAAAUACCUCUAUUUCCUUUAUCAUCACUUCAAUUAAAGACUAUAAACAACAAAAAUCUCAUUGUGUCUACACAUCGGGUGACCUUAGGUUGGUUUGUAAGUGGAUACAAUUAAUAAAAUAAAAUCCAUUGCCUUUUCUUCCUGUUACAUUAACUGAAGAUGCACCUAAUCUUGAGGCAGCUUCUGAGUUGAGAAUUAUAUUGUUAUCCAAUACUGUUGAUUCAUUUUGAAUCUUUA